ACUAAUUGACCCCAUAUGUUUUUAAUAUUCAUGAGUAUUUUUAGUGAACUUUAUAUUGAAAGUUAUGUUGUUGUUGAUUGUGAAUGAUUGUUCAAGAACUUUCCAUCAAAACUUGGGUAUAGUCAGGGGUGUCAAAAUGGGUUCGGUUUUUCUGUUUAACCCGAAACCAAACCGAAAAUGAAACUUGAUGGGUUCGGGUUCUCGGUUUCAACCCGAAAGUGUGAUGCUCCGGUUUCGGUUCGCUUUAAUCCGAAAAUCGGUAAGGAACCGAAAAACCGAAUGUUGCUUAGUUCUACGCUGUCGUUUUGUUUGUAGGGUUUUUUCUUCGACUAUUGACAUUGAGCUGUGGCCUCGCCUCGCCUGUGACUGUGAGCAUCGCGCCGCGCGCGGCAUCGCCAAUUCGCCAUUCGCCAAUCGCCACACUGCCCACACACUCGACGAUCGGCAGGCGGCAACAACCCUACCCUGCAGCGCCAACCCUACUCUGCAGCGCAGUCAGAGACUCCCCCGUCGCCGGCGAACUCAUCCCCCGUCGCCGUCGUUCAAGAAUCAAGAUCGAAGCUUCGACAAAGGAGACGCCACCCCUUUGCAGUUCGCACUUCGCCAUGGAAUCCCAGUGAGUCUCUUCGCCAUGGGUCUGCUCUGUUCUCGUUUCCCUUUACUUUCUGUGUUCAGUGCUCUGUUCACGUUUCCCCUGCCUGUUGUUGUGGAAGCAUAGUGUAAUUGGGUCAUGUCUAUACUAGUUUAGAGAAGCAUAAAGUGAAUCCUCGUAAGUUCUUAGCUCAAAAUUUUUGCUUCCAACUCCCUCGAAGACUUGCCUGUUUCUGGUGGGGACUAGGAUUCUGGUUCCUGCACCGAAUUCCGCUUCGACGCAUAGUUGGAUCAGAAACUCUAUCUGCUCUGGGUUUUCCACUCCAUCCAGCAGAAUGAGAACGUUUAGCCUUUGUCGCUCAUCUCAAACAGCUCUUGCUGCAAUUGGUCUUUUUGGAAGUUGGUAAGAGCACAAAACCCAUCAAAUUGACCACAGCAUCCGCGGUAAACACACCCUGAAAGCUUGGACUUCCCUAUCCCUCCCAUCCCCCAAAUGGAGAUAAUGCAGACACGAUCAGAUGGAGCCCUAUAAUAGCCGUAAACACCAUAGGCCUAUAAUAGCCGUAAACCAGAACCUUUUCGAUCCAUUGUUUACUGUUGUGGCUAAUUAAGAUGGUUACAUAUGCUUUAGUUUGACAUUUUAAUGAUGGGUUUUGCACACCUGAAUUUAUUUCUAGAUUCAUUGGCUUUUAGGGUUACAGGUUGAUUUAGAGGAGAGGGUUUUUUUUUUUUCAAAUUUGAGAAAUUUAGUUUUGUUCUAUAUAGAUCAAGUAGAAAUUUAUGACGAACUAGUGUUUAUUGCGCAAUCAUAUGGGACCAACACGUCAUACAGGUUAAAUUGUGCAUAUAAGAUUGGUUUUGGUGGUUCGUCAUGAUUUUAAUGUUCUAAGUGAUUGAUGAUCUCAUUCUUUUUCCCCCUUGAAAUGAAUAUUUGAUAUCACUUCAGCAAAUAUUAAUUGAGGGUAACUUAUUAUUAGUUAGUUUGGGACCUAACCAAUGAGUAAUAUAUCAUAAUUCCUUUUUUAGGGAUUUGUUCAACUUAGGAGAGGAUCCGAAUUAAUGUCACCCCCAUAACACUCAACUUUUCAUUUUGACAGGGGAAGUGAGGCACCAUCGGCUUCUCGUCCUAAACGUGGAGGACGCUCUAAGAAUACCAGCAUUCCUGCUCCUGCACCAUCUUCUGCACCGUCUUCCGAUCCUGCUCCUGCUUCUGCACCGUCUACCGGUACCACCAAUGUACCUCCUGCUCAAACAAUAGACGAGGAGACAAUUUCAAGAAAAAGGAAAGAAAAGUCCGACGUGUGGCCACACUUCAAGCGUUUUAAGAAGGAUGGGUUGGACAAAGCAAGAUGCAUUUAUUGCAAUGGUGUUCUUAUGGCUCCCACUAAAUAUGGGACUUCUACUCUGCGGAAUCAUAAAGAUAGUUGUUUGGAAAAGAUACAAAAGGGUGAGCUGAUAGUCGACCAUAUAUCAUCUUCUGAAGGCCAGGUACACACUCUUGGGACUUGGAAAUUCGAUCAGAUUGAUGCUAGGAGAGCUUUAGCGGAGAUGAUUAUCAUAGAUGAAUUACCAUUUAGGUAUGUUGAACAUGAAGGGUUCAAACGGUUUAUGGCUCGUGUUUGUCCAAUGUUUGUGUUACCUAGUCGUCAGACCGUUAGAGAGGAUUGUAUCAAGGUGUUCUUUGAAAAUAGAGAGUUGCUGAAGGACUAUUUCAAGACUAAGUGUUUAGGGAUGGUAUCGCUCACCACUGGUACUUGGACUUCUUUGUCCAAUCUCAAUUAUAUGUGCAUUACUGCUCAUUUCAUUGGUAGAGAUUGGAAAUUGCAUAAAAGAAUUAUUAACUUUGUCCAAGUUACAAAACAUUCUGGAAGUGAAAUUGGAAAACAGUUGGCUAGUUGUUUGGUGGAGUGGGGCAUUAGGAAUGUGUUUUGUAUAACAAUGGACAAUGCUAGUGUCAAUUGAUGUGGUUGCUAUCCAUAUGAAGGAACAGUUGAAAGAGUGGGGAUCCGAUAUUUUGGAUGGAAAAUAUCUGCAGAUGAGGUGUGUGGCUCACAUUAUUAAUUUGGCUGUGAAGGAUGGGCUUAAAGAAACUGGUAAAUCUGUGGAGCGAGUGAGAGAAUCUGUGAAGUGGGUUAAAUCUACACCAACUAGGAGCAGAAAAUUUAAAGAUUGCAUUGAGUUUGAAAAGAUAGCUUCGAAGAAAUUUGUUUCGUUGGAUGUAGCUACAAGGUGGAACUCAACGUAUCUGAUGUUGGAAUCUGCAAAGCCAUUUGAGAAAGCAUUUCAGACAUUAGCUAGAAAUGAUAAGAAAUUCAAGAAACAUCUCAAUGAAAAAAAAUAUGGAAAUGAAAGUCUUGGUAUCACGACUUCUGAUGAUUGGUCUAGUGUGGGACGGUUGAUUGAUUACCUGAAGCUAUUCUAUGAUUUGACUGUUCGAGUUUCUGGGACUUCAUAUGUGACUUUACACCUCUUGUUUGAUGAGGUAUGUGAAAUGUAUACUAUGAUAUCUGAGUGGGCUGAUGGUAUAGAUUUUGAGGUGUCUUGCAUGGCUGAUAGAAUCAAGUCCAAACUUGCAAAGUAUUGGUUUGAAGAUGAGUUGGAGAAUUCCAAGAUGAAUCGGUUGUGUUAUAUGGCAGUCAUAUUAGAUCCUAGACGGAAAGUUGAAUAUCUUGAACAAGCUUUGAAAAAUGUGUAUGGUGAGAGCAGGGGUAAAGCUUUGGUCGAAGAGGUGAAAGAUGGAAUGCCUCUUGUGUUUGACCAUUACAAGCAUAGGCUCGGACUUCCUGGAAGUUCUCCCAUUGUGAUUCAGGAAGAUGUGCAAGAACAUAGUGGAAGUGGGGAUGGGAAGAAGAAAGGGAAGAUUUGGGGUGAUUUCAGGAAAAUGAAAAGAGAUGCCAUUCUGAAAGAAACCAGAAAAAGUUCAAAAUCUGAGUUUGAUAGGUACCUUGAGGAGGAGGAGGAUGAUGAAGUGGUUACACGAGCAUUGGUGGGUUCAGAAGAGGAUGAAUACAAAUUUGACAUCUUGGGAUGGUGGUCGCGAAGUGGGAUGAAAUAUCCUACUAUUUCUGAGAUGGCUAGGGAUAUUCUUGUUGUUCCUAUUUCCACUGUUGCUUCUGAGUCGGCAUUCAGCACAGGAGGUCGAGUUUUAGAUUCGUUUAGGACCUCCUUAUCCCCUGAAGUUGUGGAGGCGUUGAUUUGUUGUGAAGAUUGGAUAAGAUCUUCAGAUUCCGAGUUGGUGGCUGAUGGAGAAGAUGAGGGUGAUGAAGUGGUAUUUCAAAAUGUAUAUGCAGCUUUUCAAGCUCGGAGUGCAAGUGCACCUGCAGGAACUAGUGGAAGCUCUCGUGCAGGACCCAGUGGAAGCUCUCCUGCUACCCAUGUUUUGGUCUCGAGUCCUACUAUGUCACAAGUGGAAGAAGACUAUGUCGACAACAAUUCCGAUGAGAAUGAUGAGACUUAUGUAGAUGUAGAGCCUGAUGAGGAGUGAUAAUGGUAGUAGUAUUUAUCUUGUAUGGUGGAUGAAUUUUUAUUUUACUUGGAUGUUAUCAUAUGAGAAUUGUAAAACUAAUGUGUUUAAUUACGAGUUGAACUUGGUCCCCCAUAAACAAAAUGAGGUAAGCAACUCAUGUGAAACAAUUCAUAAAACUGUAGAUUUUGCACACAAUCAUCUCAAAAAAUUAAAAAAAAACCCCAAACAAUCUCAAAAUAAAUAAAAACUUAACCCCUCAAUCGUCACCUUUCCUUCUCUAACUUCUUAAUUAUGAAUUUUUAAAUCAAACUCGUCUCAUCUAAAUGAAAUUAUAAUCAAGGAUUGAAAAACGG